AUGGGGUGUGUUGCUACAAAGUUAGAAGAAGAAGAGGAAGUGGUGUCUAUUUGUAGAGAGAGAAAGCAUUUCUUGAAGUUAGCCGUAAAGAAAAGGUACGCGCUUGCAGAAGCUCAUUUUAGGUACUGUCAAUUAGUUUAUGGCGUUUCAGCAGCCAUACGACUUUUUGUUGCCAGACAUUCUUCAUCUUCUUCGCCAUUUCUCAUCACUUUUCCACCACCAUCUCCUCCUAAAGAGAACAAGGUUGUUUCAAACCCUUUGUUUCUUCAACAAAACCUUUCUAAAGAACCCAACAAAAAGAAUAAAGAUGCCACUGCAUGUGCGUCUGUUUCAAAUAUUCCAUCGAUGCCAUCGCCACAGAGGGAGUUUGGGUGGGAUUUCUUUGACCCUUUUGUGACGAUGAGGCCAGAGCUUGAAGAAGAAGUUGAGCGAGUGGAUGAAGUGAAAAACAAGGUGGUGGGGGGAGUGAAGAAAAGAAAGAGGAAAGUUGUGGGGGGUGAAGUUCUAGGGUCCACAGUGGACUGUGCUAACGUGAGCCAGGGUGAACCUCAAAAGGGUAUAACAGUCAUUGAUACACCCGAAAGUGGAAGAGAGUUGUUGGAAGCAUUGAAAGAUAUUGAAGACUAUUUUAUACGGAUUUAUGAUUCUGGAAAAGGUGUAUCCAAGAUGUUGGAAUCUAACAGGAUCCAAUCACAAUCUGGCUUAGAGGAAAUAAAAGAAUUCAAUAAUGAUCUAUUUGAUGAUGGAGGGGGAAUGAAUUCAGGAAGCCAUACAUUAACAUUAGGAAGACUUUAUGCUUGGGAGAAGAAGCUAUAUGAAGAAGUUAAGGCGGGAGACAACACUCGGAAGUUAUACGAUAGAAAAUGCAGCCAAUUGAGGAAUCAAGAUGUGAAGGGGGAUGAGGGAGUUUCAAUAGACAAAACACAAGCUGCAGUUAAAGAUUUGUAUAACAGGAUUUUGGUUGCAAUUCGAAGUGCUGAAUCAAUCUCUGAAAGAAUUGAGAAACUCAGAGAUGAAGAAUUGCAGCCUCAAAUCAUUGAACUCUUACAUGGCACGAUGAACAUGUGGAAGAUUAUGUUGGAAUCACAUGAAAUCCAAAACAAGAUCAUGAUUGAAGUCAAACUAUUCACUUGUCCAACGUUUGGAAAAUUCUCAAACAACACUCAUCGUCUUGCAACUCUAUAG